AUUUUGCCACAUUUAUAGACUAGCUGUCUGUUAGCAGUUUUGAAUCUACUGAAGCUAACCAGGAAAAAAAUUCAAAAUGUUUUCUAAUAGCAUAAGCAAUUGCUUAAAGCAAGUCUCAAAAAACUAUGUUACAGCACACAGUUUUGUUACAGCAAUUACAAAUCAAUCAAAAGUAACAACAAAGUUAGUUGAUAAACUAAAGAAUAUUGUUGGAAACCCAAAUGUUUCAACUGCUGAGGCUGUUAGAGAGCAACAUGGACACGAUGAAUCUCAUCAUGAUGUUCACAUGCCAGAUGUUGUGGUGUUUGCUGAAUCUGUGGAACAUGUAAGCAAAGUUCUCAAGUUGUGUAACGACAAUAAAGUGCCUGUUGUUCCUUUUGGAAGUGGAACUGGUUUGGAAGGUGGUGUCAAUGCAUUACAGGGAGGUGUCAGUCUAGACUUGAUGAAAAUGAAUCAAAUAGUGUCAGUUCAUGCAGAAGACUUUGACUGUACAGUUCGACCUGGUGUGAUGAGAAUAGCACUGAAUGCUUAUCUUAGAGACACAGGCCUUUGGUUCCCAAUAGAUCCUGGAGCAGAUGCAUCAGUCUGUGGUAUGUGUGCUACAAGUGCAUCGGGUACUAAUGCUGUACGUUAUGGAACUAUGCGUGAAAAUGUUCUAAAUCUAGAAGUUGUUUUGCCUGAUGGUAGGGUCAUUGACACUGCAGGGAAAGAUAGAAGGACUAAAAAAACUUCAGCUGGGUACAAUCUGACUAAUUUGUUUGUUGGCUCAGAAGGAACCUUGGGAGUUAUUACAAAAGCUACAGUUCGACUGUAUGGCAUCCCAGAAAAGACUAUAGCUGCAGUUUGUCAUUUUAAAACAGUCCAAGCAGCUGUUGAUACUGUAGUACAAAUUCUUCAAAGUGGAAUACCCAUGGCAAAAUUAGAAUUUUUGGAUGAUAAAGCAAUAGAGGCUUUCAAUAAACACAGCAAAUUUAAUAUGCCUGUGGCACAGUCAUUAUUCCUUGAAUUUCAUGGGCCAGCACUAGGACUUGAAGAUCAGUUUAAUACUAUUAAGGAAGUGAUAACUAUGAAUGAAGGAUCAGGACUGCAAAUUGCCACAGAUGAAGAUGAAAGAAAACGAUUAUGGAAAGCAAGACAUGAAAUGAUUUAUUCUUGUACAGCCUUGGUCCCCGGGAGUAAGCCUUACUCAACUGAUGUGUGUGUUCCUAUAUCUCACUUACCUGAAGUUAUUGUCAAGACAAAACAGUGGAUUGAUGAAGCAAAUGUAUUAGGACCAAUAGUAGGGCAUGUAGGAGAUGGAAAUUUCCAUGUAUUUUUCCCUGUUAACCAUGCAGACAAAGAGACAUUUUUAAAAGUUCAAGAUCUUCAUUUUAAAAUGGCUUAUCUAGCCAUGGAGAAGGACGGUACCUGCACAGGUGAACAUGGCAUUGGCAUGGGUAAACGCAAACUCCUAACUAAAGAAUUUGGAGAGACUGGAAUACAAGUGUUAAAAGAGGUCAAGAAGUGUUUUGACCCCAAUGGUAUCAUGAAUCCUGGGAAAAUAUUCUUCUAAGACAUUACUGCUGAAAUGUUUGUGACAGUUUAAACUAUUUAAGUUGUUGAAUUGUGUGAUAUCUUUGUUAUUUUAUUCUAGGUAAUAUGUAUUUAACUAGAAUCUGUAAUUGCAUCAUAACUAAGGCCUUACAAGACAUUUGUAGUAAUACCAGCCACUCAAGUAAACCAAGAGUACAAAUACUGCGGUCUCAUUCAGAAUGUAUUUUAUUAUCAUAUGUGUUUUGUUAUGCUACUACACUUGCCUACCCUUUUUGGCCACUUUGAGGUGUAGUAGAGUCAUUUAAAAAAUCAAUGCGAAAGCACUAAUCAGAAACAGCAUGGUUGAUGCUUUUUUGAACCAAAAAUAUUAAAUUAUGUAGACUGCUUCUACUUCUAAUAUUUUUUAACUUAGAUUUUCACAAAACUUUUGCUUUACUAAUGUUAUCUGGUUUAUCUCUUUUGGGUCUUUAGCUAUUACUGUGUGUUUUGACUUGCUUUAUAUGUUACUAAUAUGUACAAUAUAACUAUGAAACAUUCAGUUACAAUUAUUACACAAAUUUCGUCCUUUUAAAAGUUUUUACUUAUUAUUUAAAAUGACAGGACACUAGGCAAGAACUGUAUGUGGUAAAGAAUGAGAUCUCAGUAUCUCACAUUUUGGUCCAGUUGUAAAUAGGCAUAUAAUACUUAAAAUACUUUAUGUAUUUUAUAUUUUUGCUUUAGUUUAUGCUUUGGCUGGUGUAUUUUAAAAAAAAAAUGAUUCCCAGAAGUUUAUUAGAGUAAAUAAUUGAUGAUGUCUGAGGUAUAUUUUAAGCACAAGUGUUAAUUUACAAUAUCAUUUUAUUUAUCAAGAUGGAAAUAGACAAUGCCUUAACUAAACUACUUUAAUUUACUUUAAACAUCCCAUGGCUUCCCAAAACCUGCAAUGUUUGAAAGUAUCAUUUUUUUUCCUUUUAAAAGUGCUACUAUUUCCAGAGUAAUAAAUAAGAACCACAAUUUAUUCACUCUAAAAUUUGCUGUCAGGAUAUUUACAAUUUACUGAAUUUACAGUACAUGUGUUAUUUCAUUGUGAUCUACUAGUAUUAUUUAUUUUAUUAUUAAUAAAAACAUUGUUAUUAUGUUGCUCAUUGUUUACUCACUAGCAGCUAUAGAACUAUGCUCAGUAAAAUUAUGCAUACUCAUACACAACUAUAUAUUAAUAGAUGGAAAUGUUUGUACUGUAAGUAGACUGUUGUAAAAGAAGGUUACAUUUGAUAUGUACUACCUCAUCAGUCUCUGGGUUGUUUUUUCUCCUGCAGAUUAGUACAUUUUAUAAUUUAAUCAGAUUUUUUUUCGUUUUGAAAUUGAAUAUUAAACCCACUUGAAAUGAAAGCAUUACAUUUUUAUAUCUUGUGUUAAAAGCAAAUGUAGUGUUGUCUGAUCAAUGCUAUAAAGUUUGUUACGAACUGCUGUCUUAAUGCAAUUAAAAAAACUUUACAAACUGA